CGUAUAUCCCUUCAAUAAAUUGUUCAAACCUCAAUUCCCCACUCAUUUUUUGCCAAUACUCAACCAAUGGAACAUCGCCACGUGCUCCUAGUAACCUUUCCGGCGCAAGGCCACAUCAACCCUUCCCUCCAAUUCGCAAAGAAGCUCAUAAAAUUGGGCAUCCACGUCACCUUCGCCACCAGCAUCUCCGCGCGGCGGCGCAUGGCGGCGCCCGUCGUCGCCAACGGCCUAACCUUCCUCGCCUUCUCGGACGGAUUCGACGACGGUUACAAGCUCGGCAACGACGCCAAUAUAUUCAUGGACGCGAUGCGAAGCAACGGCUCCAAGGCCUUGAGAGGCGCCGUCGCCGCCGCGGCGGAGGAGGGCCGCCCCGUCACGUGCCUAGUCUACACGCUCCUCCUCCCCUGGGCGACGGAGGUGGCGCGUGAGCUCCACAUCCCCAGCGCGCUCCUCUGGAUCCAACCGGCCACCGUCUUCAGCAUUUACUACCACUUUUUCAACGGAUUUUCCGACGAAAUCACCGAAAAAUCGGAUAAACCAGGCUGGAAAAUCGAAAUCCCCGGAGCUCCGCCGCUCUCGAAAACCGACCUUCCCUCCUUCCUCCUCCCUUCUUCACCGGAAGCGCAUAAGGCUGCGCUUCCGACGUUUAAGGAGCAGUUCGACGCGCUGGACGCCGAGCCGGGCAAGCCGAAGGUGCUCGUCAACACCUUCGACUCGCUCGAGGCGGAAGCGCUCCGCGCGUUCGACCGCUACGAGCUGAUCGGAGUCGGACCGUUGAUUCCCUCUGCUUUUGUCAACGGCGAGGAUCCGUCGGACAAGUCGUUCGGCGGCGACCUCUUCGUUAAAUCCGACGGCUGCAUCGAGUGGCUGAACUCGAAGCCGCAGUCGUCGGUGGUGUACGUGUCGUUCGGGAGCCUGCUGAGGCUCCCGAAGGCACAGAUGGAGGAGAUCGCGGCUGGCCUCCUGCGCUCUGGGAGGCCGUUUUUGUGGGUGAUACGGGCGGCGGAGGAGGGGAAGGAGGAGGAGGAGGAGUUGAGCUGCUUAGAAGAUUUGGAUAAGAUUGGGAAAAUUGUGACGUGGUGCUCACAGCUCGAGGUGCUGACGCACCCCUCGCUGGGGUGCUUUGUCACGCACUGUGGAUGGAACUCGACUCUGGAGAGCCUAUCGUGUGGGGUCCCUGUCGUGGCUUUUCCUCAUUGGACGGAUCAGGGGACGAAUGCGAAGAUGAUAGAGGAUGUGUGGGGGACUGGGGCUAGGGUUAGAGGUAAUGAGGAUGGGAUUGUGGAGAGUGAGGAGAUUUGGAGAUGUGUUGAAGAAGUGAUGGAUGGUGGUUUCAAGAGUGUGGAAUUCAGACGCAAUGCUAGUAAAUGGAAGGGAUUGGCUAGAGAAGCUGCUGCGGAAAAUGGAUCUUCUACAGUUAAUUUGAAGACGUUUUUGGACUAUGCAUCUUGAAGUUUGUCCUUAUAUGGUAUGGUGAAUCAAUGGUAUUGAAGUGGUCGCCGCCUUUUCCUUUCUUAUCGCGUUUUAGCAUGAUCGAUGGCUUCUACUUGAUGCUAAUAGCAUGUAUAGUCGUGCUUGCAUGCAAGCUUAGCAGUGCUCCUUGCUAUGCAACGUCCGUGCUUAGGCAUUGUGUACGCGUAUGCCCAAGCGGUGAGCACACCCGCUACGCAUGCAUUUGGAUAAUUGACCUAUUUAUAGUGGUUGUAUUCAUGUAUUGCAUGGUUUGAUUUUAUUUCUAUUAAAAAUGGUUUAGAUGUUACGUUUAUCGUUGUCUCUUAAGAGAGAGAGAGAUUGUGGUCAAAUGGAUGUUCUCUCCGGAAAACGUAUCAAUCAAUUAAUACUAGUAGUGUUACUUUCUCAUUAA